AUGACUUCCAGGAUUGCAAAAGAUGUAAGCGACCAUACAUUAAAGAGUUUGAAUUCUGAAGUUCUGCGUUUGAGAGAGGUUAAAGCGCAAAGAAUGCUCAAGCUUCAACGUUUUGCAACUUCGCUACUAGAGAUGUGGAGUUUGAUGGACACUCCACUUGAGGAACAACAAACAUUUCAUAACAUGACCGGUCAAAUUGCUGCUAUGGAAUCUGAAUUUCUUGAGCCUGGCAUACUAUCAAGUGACAACAUCAUCUAUGUUGAGAGAGAAGUUAGAAGGCUAGAGCAACUUAAAUCUACCAAAAUGAAAGAACUUGUACAAAGAAAGAAGUUAGAGUUAGAACAAAUAUGCAAAAGUACACAUUUGACAACACAAACAGUUUUUCCUAGUGGACAUCGAAUAGAGUCAUUUGACUCCGAAUCUGCAAACCAUGAACACCUGUUGGAUCAAAUUGAUUACCAAAUUUCAAAGACAAAAGAAGAAGCUCUUAGUCGGAAAGAAAUCCUUGAUAAAGUGGAGAAGUGGUUAGCUGCUAUUCGAGAAGAAAGCUGGCUUGAGGAAUACAACAGGGAUGAUAAUCGUUAUAAUGCUGGAAGAGGUGCACAUCUUGCCUUGAAACGUGCUGAGAAGGCCCGUGUUUUAUUAAGCAAAAUUCCAGGGAUGAUAGAGGCAUUAAUUUUAAAAGUUGCGUCAUGGGAGAAAGAAAGAGGAUUCGAAUUUUCGUACGAUGGAAUCCGGCUGCUUUCCAUGCUUGAAGAUUACAAUACCUUGAGGCAGGAAAAAGAGAAUGAAAGGCAAAGGCAAAAGGAUCAAAAGAGACUAAAUGGACAAUGGAUGGCCGAGUAUGAAACACUUUUCGGAUCAAAACCCAGCCAAUGUAAAAAUGGGAUAAAGACUCCCAAAUGUUCAUCAGUUCCAAAUACCAGAAAAUCUUCUGUUAAUCGACCUAUGCUUCAGGAUCUAAGACAAGCAACUCUUAUUCAACAAUCUAAUAAAAAAGGUGACAAUUUAAAUGCAUUGUCAAUUGCAACUUAUGCAGGAAAAAGCGUCUCUAAGGUUUUUGGUCAUUCAACAAAGAAGAUUCCACAAAGUACAGAAAAGGUAAUUGGAAUUCAGUCACCAUUAUCUAGGAAGCCACUCUCUCCUGUUUCUUCCACAGUCCUAUCUAAAGCCAACAUAAAAAAUUCUCAAGACUCUAGAAAAAUACAGAAUGCUGCAACAAAACCAAUCCUUCAAAAAAGUGAAGAGCUAAUAGGAACACCACCCUCCAGGCCAGUUAUUACUGGCGAUGAAGAUAACGGCUCCCCGAAGAAUAUGGGACUUUCCGUGCCAAGCACUCCUCUGACUGUACCUAUGCAGAAUAUCACUACACCAGACAGUCUUAUUUCUAAGACUGCUGCGAAAAUUGUUCAACCAUUUGAGUAUUCGUUUGAGGAGUUGAGAGCUGGUUUUGUCAUACAUUUAAACUCUUGCUCAAUGACUCAAUAG